ACCGCCACUCAGGCCUCGUCUGAUAGGCCCUCCUCUUCUCGGGCAGAUGUUGACGAAUGUCUGGAGAACGACGGGCGGGGCCCCUGUGCCAUGGAGUGCCAGAACGCCGCCGGGUCGUUUCACUGCUCCUGUUCCUAUGGAUACAAGCUGGCAGGAGACGGCCGUUCCUGUGUAGCCGAGUGCCCCUCGGGAUAUCGCAAGCACAGCAACCCUACAGAGAGCAGCGGCCUGCAAAGAGAGCACUGCACCGAUAUCGACGAGUGUCAGGAGCCAGGACCCCGUCAGCGCAGGUGUGAGUGGAGGUGUGUCAAUUUGCCAGGCUCACACCGCUGCAUGUGUCCCAGGGGCUACAGACUGGACCCUGAUGCCUACCACUGCCAGGAUAUUAAUGAAUGCAACUCUAAAAAUGGAGGCUGUUCUCACAUCUGCAUCAACUACAAAGGCGGCUUUCAGUGUGCCUGUCCAGAACACUACAGAUUUGCUCCAUACAGCAGGAAGAAGUGUCAGCCAGUCAAAACGUAGAGGAAGGUGUAAUUGCAUGGAAAUCAGGACCUGUUGUUUGUGGAUUCACCUUCUGGCUUGGGCUUCUGAGCAGAAAGGCAACCCCAUGCAUUCCUGCAAGAUCCAGCAACACUUGAGGCCAGCUUCUUAGGCCCCAAAUUAAAGAACAGAAGAGCCUGCUGUGACAACACAGUUAUUGCAAGUGCAUUAAACAGCACAUGAAUUGUAGGUUGUCAGCCAGAAGCAGAGGUAUUUCAGAAGAAUUAACCUCUAAACACCCAUGGCUAAGAGAUAAAAUGGACCCAAAAACAAUUGUAAAGAUCCUAGUGUUUUAUUUUCUAUAAUUUCAUGCAUUUUCAACAAUUUUGUGUUUCAUCUAAUGAUAAAGUUGGCUCUAACCAGACUCCUCAAAGCUCUCUUGAUCUUUUACUGUUGGUAUGUUGUUCUGGGGCCAUGUGUCUUCCAACAGUGUUACUACAGCUUCCACUCACUUUCUCUGUGGGGAUUUUCUUCCAUUAAACUUUGGCAGUGUUGUAGGGAUCACAUGUCAUUUCCCAAUCCCGAAUAUCCUGCUCAGGGAGAGGCAAAACAAAAAGGACAGCACGUCACCUGUAAAAGGGAGAUCACUUUUGUUGUCAAAUUCCUUAUAAUUCCACACUCAUAAUUAAAAAAUAAAAAAUGACAAGGCUGGCAAGAGAAAGGAAAGCCUGCUGCUUCACAUACAGCUUACCGAACGUAGCAUAGCAAGCAGUAAAACAUUGUAAUGUAAUUUUUUAGUUCCUUUGAAAAAAGAUUGGCUGCCACCAGGUUUUGUGGAGGACAUACAGUUCAAACUAAAUAACAAAAAUACUUCUAUUUCUCUGUAUAUAACAUAUUAUAUUUUUGUACUUGUAUAUAGUGUAGCCCAUUACAAACACAGAUUUCUACUUGUAGCGUUGACCAUUAUCAAAGCAUUUUUACAUUGUGAAACUGUUCGGUUGCAGAAUAAAAGUAUUUCUGCUCUUGAAAUAAAAAAUGUA